AACGGACACUGUAAAAGCAGGAAAAACUCUUUCCACCAUUUUCCCAGAGCAGAUAGAUCUCAGAUUCUCAAUAUCAGUGUAAUUUUUUUGUUUUCCAAUUUAAAAAAAAAAAAAAUAAAACAAAAAAAGAAAAAAAAAAAAAAUCAAAAUACGGUACAUAGAUCGUGCCGUAUAUUCAAUCUAAAAGAUACGCAUUUUCGGUUACUUACGAGUUUCUCAGAUCUUUCAUGGCUUCCUCAAGCAAAAUCGAAUCUGAUGGAGAAGAUGAAGCGCUAGAAGAAGAGCUUGAGCAUUUCGAUGAUUUUACUCUUGCUUCUUCAUGGGAAAGGUUCAUCUCUGAGAUAGAGGCAGUUUGUCGGCAGUGGAUGGCUGAUGGACCAAAGAAUUUGUUGGAAAAGCAUGCAGUUCAGGUGGAAUUUUCAACAGAUUUAUUUAAAGUCAAAUCUGAGUUGAAGGAUGUCACUAAAAGUUAUUGCAUAGAAUACUACUUUAAAACCAACAAUGAUGCUAAGGUUGUGGACUGGAAUUCCACAUCACAUGAUUUGCAAUUGUGUUUUGGGGUCAAAGAGUUUUUAGUAAUUGCUCCUCAAAGUGCAAGUGGCGUGGUUCUUGAUACACCAGAGGCUAGCAAGUUGUUAAGUGCAGUUGCAAUUGCUUUAUCAAAUUGUUCUAGUUUGUGGCCUGCAUUUGUUCCUGUGCAUGAUCCUUCUCGGAAAGCAUAUAUUGGUAUCCAAAAUAUGGGAACCAUUUUUACUAGAAGAUUUGAGGCAGAUUAUAUUGGUAGCCAAGUUCCAGUAAAACUCAUGCAUUUGGAGGGAUUAUACGAGUUGUUCAUUUCUAAAUUUGCCUACUCCACGUUGGACUUAUCGAUGCAUCUUUUCAAAGUCCAUUUUAAAAUGAAGUUAACCUUCCAAACCCUUCCCUUUGACGAUGAUAAUGAUGACGUUGAAGGAGUUGAUGCUGAUAUUGCUCAAGCUGGAGGAUAUCCUGAUGCCGAUACCCACCACAAAACACAAUGGGAUGAUGAUUGUCCAUGGAGCGAGUGGUAUUCUGCAGAAGAUCCUGUAAAAGGAUUUGAGUUGGUUGCCACAUGGUCAGAAAAGAUGGUUGAAAGCUCCCUAGAGAUGGCCGAACUGGAAAAUGCAUCACCCCAUGAAGCUGAGAAGUGGAUGUUAUAUCCGAAAUUUUCUCCAAAUUUGAGUGAUGGUUCUAGAGGAAACAGAGUUGGUUUUGCUUCCCAGUUGCGCCUUUUGAUUGAUGCACUGGAUAUGUCCUUCCAUGCUCAAUUUAUGGAAGAUUUUGUGUCAGUUGAAAACUCAGGUUCUGAUAAUUUGAAGUCCUCAGCAGUUAUACCUCCACCUACAGUUAUUGACCGUUUGCUUAAAGAGCUAUUUCACGAGGGGGUACAACUCCCGGAUUUUUCUAACAGUGAGCAUAAGACUUCUCGAGCUAUUAAAGGGGCUCCUCGUGAAUCCCUUUUUGCACAAUUUUGUUUACAUUCUCUUUGGUUUGGUAACUGCAACAUACGUGCAAUUGCUGUACUCUGGAUAGAAUUUGUUCGAGAAGUUCGUUGGUGUUGGGAAGAGUCGCAGCCAUUACCCCGAAUGCCAGUCAAUGGUUCAAUUGAUCUAUCGACCUGUUUGAUUCAUCAGAAAUUACAUAUGCUUGCAAUAUGCAUUGAGAGGAAGUGUCAGUUGAAUGAGGACUUUCAAGAUUGUAUUGGAAGCAAUGAUCAAUCUUCUUCUCUUGAGGACGAUGACGUAGACAUGGAGGACCCAUCAAUUCUGGGAACACCUAGUGAAGACUUCACAGGGAAACGUGACAGCCCUGUAACACCAGAUGAUUUGCGAGGUUCUGGAAGCACUGUAUCAAGAUUUAAUUUUAAGCCUGAAGACAUUAUUGUGGCUACUGAUCUGAAGCCUUUGGAUAGUACCAGAAGGGGUUCAGCUGGUACUGUAGGGACUAUGAAGCUUCUGAAGUCAUAUCAGAGCAUGCAUAAACCAUUUACACAGGAUGCCCCACUUAUGACAGAAGACAUGCAUGAAGAACGGCUCCAGGCUGUUGAAGCAUUUGGUGAUUCAUUUAACUUUUCUGCUCAGUUGGAAAGAGAGGUCUUAUCUUCAGACAUGUCAGCAUUUAAAGCAGCAAAUCCAGAUGCUGUUUUUGAAGAUUUUAUUCGGUGGCAUUCUCCUGGUGAUUGGGAGAAUGAUGACAUGGAAGAAACUGGAUCAUCGAAAGGUUCUUCAACAGAUAGGCCAAAAGACAAUUGGCCUCCCCGAGGACAUCUUUCAAAGAGAAUGUCUGAGAAUGGAAAUAUGUGGAGAAAGAUUUGGAAUGAUGCAUCUGCUUUGCCAGUUUCUGAGCAGAAGCCACUUCUGGAUCCAAAUAGAGAAGGAGAAAAAAUACUCCAUUACCUGGAAACACAACGGCCACAUCAACUGCUUGAGCAAAUGAUUUGUACUGCCUUCAGAGCAUCAGCAGAGACUUUGAACAAGACUAGUUAUGGUGGAUUUAAACAAAUGGCAACCAAAAUGGAUCAACUUUUCAUUACUUUGGCAUCUGGAUUAAAGCGUCUGCGAGUGAAUAGUUUAUCUGCUGGGAGUGAGAGUAUUGAAGACCUUAGACGGCUGUGUGGUGUUUUUGAACAUGUUGAAAAGUUACUCACUGUUGCAGCUUCUCUUCAUCGCAAGUUCUUACAAGCCCCACGCCUCUCCGAAGCAAUUUUUAGUGACUACUUCAGUUUUUAUCUUCAGAGAAUGGGAACACGCUCAAAAGAUGACAAUGUUCAAAAGGAGUUUGACAAGAAGCAGCAGGUUAGGUUUCAUGAAAGACCAGUAGUGUCGAACAUGUUUACACCUCCCACUGCAAACCAGUCAUGGAGGAAAGUUUUAAGCAUGGGUAAUCUUCUGAAUGGCCAUGAACCGGUAGUGAGGGAGAUAAUAUUUUCCAUGCGUGAUAGUGUGAGUGGCAAUCACUAUGCAUCCAGGACUCCCAAUGUGCAUCAACAAGAAAUAGAAACAUAUAGAAUGUAUAUAUGUGGAACCUCAAAUGACCUCAGAGUAGCCCUCUCUAUUACCUCAUGCGAUUAAUCUCUUAAAAACCAUGUGUACAAAGUUAAUAUUCAUAUUUUGUCAUAAUUUCAUUUUAGUUGCCUAAGACCCCGUAUAAAGAUCUUAUAUUGAAGUAGAAUUACCUUAUAUAUAAUCUGUUCUUAACA